AUGAGACUGCUCUUUCGUAUAUCAGUUCUUUUUGUCUUGGGUCAACUACUCUACAAAACAGUGACUCAGCGAUGCGGAUCCGAGAUAUCCAUCUUCGGCUGGAUGUUACGGGGACAUAUCUACAGCACGAUGUUAGAAGACCUCCCGCAUACAUGCGUACAAGUUUGUCGCGAAGACGAUCGAUGUCAAAGCUUUAACUGGGUGAUCUCUCUCCUCAAGUGCGAGUUUAGUAACAGAACUAAGGAAGCCAGACCUGAGGAUUUCAUUUCAGAUCCAGACAGAUUUUACUACAAACGUGAUAGGAACAGAGGUGAAAAACAGUUUCCAAUUCAUUAUAAAUAAUUGUGAUAACUGAUCAAUGCUGAUUAAGGUCGAAGCAAUGGUCUCUAAUCAGUUGAGUCAAAUUUGGACGACCACGUAUCGGGAGUUAAUAAAGAGAGACAGAAUUGCACGAAACGAAGUAGUGUCACGAAUUAAUCACAACGUAUAAGAAAAACAAAAUUUGUAAUAAUUUCAACUUUUUUCUAAAAAGUAACCCUUUCAAAAGCAACUGUCCCAAUAAAAGUGUACCGAAUGGUGCAUAUAAUGUACUGUCCAAGUACUUGGGCGCCAAUAUCAGGGCGACAGAUAACCAAUCAGUUUGGAGGAUUAUGUCAAGGCUGUGAUGAAGCUACUCUUCCUGAAGUGUGAUUUAGCCAACUGACUGUCUAUCAAAUUAUAAAAACGAAAUUAUACGUCUUCUUUCAGUACCUCUGGGUUCUAUUCCUGAACUACCGGCUGAAACCUGUUUGGAAAUAAAGAAGAGUGAAGGUCAUGCAAUCAGUCGAAAGUAUUGGUUUUCUUCCAUUAAAACUGGCACGUCUGUUCUUGCUUACUGUGAUAUGAAAACUGACGGUGAGUUUUAGUUUUUAAUGGUAAGCUAUGUGAGAAAGAAACUCGAAAAAGGGAAGACCGAGAAUAUUUUUGAGAUGAAGAGAAUCAGCCUAUAAAAUAACCCUGAAAAGAAUAAUGCUCUUCGACGUAUUUUCGAUUUUGCGAUAGACUAUCAAAUUUCCUGUGAAGUGAACGAUUAAAUUGUGAACGGAUUUUAGAGUUAUAUUUAUCUUUUGAUGUUAUUGGCGUAGGGAGUGAAUGAGAAUUCGGUGGAAAUAAAAUAUUUCUACAGCAAAGGAGUAGUGGGGACUGGGGCUGAAUAAGUUGAAGUGCAAGUCUAAACCGUUGUUCAGCUCAGUGCAUCCUUCAUUAUGCGAUAAAUACCAAAUGCUUGGACGUACUGUUUAAUGUUGCAGGAUAACGUUUUGCUAUUAUUUCCGGUGCUUUCGGCCAAAACUACCAAAAUGGUAUACAACUAUCUUCCGAAGGGGAGGUGAAUAGUGGGAUAUAUACCGAGACGCGAAGUAUUUAUCUAGCGCUAUGAACGGACCUUGAGGGGGAUAGUUGUUUUAGUAUUUACCAAAUCAGUUGAAUAAAAACCAAAAAGGAACUUUUUGUAGAUAAAACACGUCACUUGUUAGAGUUUGUUCAUGUUUCAAUUGACAGUGUUUCGGGGAUCAUUUUUUAAGAUUUUGUUGCAAAUUCAGUAAGAAAAUUUUUUUCUAUCGACCUGUAAACACCGACGUACGACAAGCCAAAUUUUGAUGGUGCAGCUGCUUAAUUUAACGCUAAAAUGUUAUCUUUUGAAACUGUCACGAAACGAGAAGCCAUUUUGAAACCCGUCCCAAAACAGUGAAUAUCCAAGGAUAUUCCGAGUUAGGGGGGCCAAUCAGAAGGUGCGAAAAUUGCUGUUCACUGAUUUUUUGAAUACUGAUACUAAUUGUUUUUGUUUCUGUUGUACUGGGCGAGGAGCUGAAAUUCGUUCGAUCAGUCGCAGAUGCAAGAUCUACCUUUCAUGAAUACAGUAGAGCACAUUCUAUGCUCAUCCUGCCAAGGGCGUGGUCUUAAGACAAAGGCGUUCAUAGGGCCAGGCAAGGUCUUUGUGUCGAAUCAAUGGUUAAUCCCAGGUGGAGAUUGUUAGAAGUUGCACUGAUACGGGUAUACUUCCGUUAAGAAUAUGAACGUUCCUUUGCAAACGCGAGUCCAAUCUGUAGUUGUUUGUUAACAUUUAAUGGGUAUUUUUUAAUAUUUCUUUUGUUAUUUAUCGGCAAAUGUAGAAAAACAAUUGAAGCAACGAUAAAUGGUAUAAAUCCAGCCUCGUUCCCAGCCGUCCUCUGCGGUUUCGGAUGUGACGUCAACUGUCAAGCUUGUCGGGAAAAUAGGACAAUUGCACGAUGACGAUAUUUGACUACAACUACCAGAAUUCAUUUCGGUUUUGCUUUGUUAUUGUCAAUCCCGCUGAGGAUUAAAGAACAAUAGCCUUAAUUUGCACAAGAAAACAACAAACUCAAGGAUUCUGGUAGUUGUAGUAAAAUGACGUCAUCGUGCAAUUGUCCUUAUUCGACGAGGACGUCCUCGCGCUAUCGCGCUAGGUUCCAAGCCUCCUCUGGUCACUCGGAUAGCGCAAACUGGCCUGGGUACAAGGCUUGCAUCUUGUCCAGUUAACAUGCUAACACAUAACGUUAGCCUGCCAGCAAUGGGAGAGCUUGCUCGCAGGGUACUCGACAUCCAGCCCUUAUUAAUUUUAUCAUUCAGAUAUCGACGAAUGUACUUCUUCUGUCCCUCUCUGUCACGUCAAUGCAACUUGCACCAACAAUGAUGGAUCUUACAUCUGUACUUGCAAGAAUGGAUUUUCUGGGGACGGGAAAACUUGCCAAGGUAGGAAAGCUUAUGUCCCAGAUCAAUUUUUGAUGCAAAUUUGACCAGGGUUUAGAUUCUUUUGCGACACCAAAAGAACAUUCCUCAUCGCCCCGUGUAAGGGAUUCCCCAUUCCGGAAUCAGCAAAAUUUUUGCUUGUGGAAUCCGGAGUCCCGGGCUUUAGAAUCCGGAAUACAGCUCAAGGAAUCCGGAAUCCCACUAAGGAUUGGAAUUCAGAUUCCACUGACAAAGACUGGGAUCAAGUACCUGGAAUCCAGAAUCCACAGCCUGGAAUCCAGAAUCCAAUACUGUCCUGGGCAAUUCUUCAAGUUAAGUCCUUAAUUUCAAUCACAUAAUUUGCAUUUGCAUGCCUUGAAUUACCUUAAGUAUGAAGAGUUUGUAAAUAAUUCUUCAAGCUUACUUUCGUCUCCAAUAUUUCAUGAUUAGUCUACGAUUUAUGACCAUUUGCAACAAAAAGUCUAUUUAAGAUAUUUUAAAAGUUUAGGAAAAUUCUGCAGCUCCAAAGGUCUUAAAAAUAGACACCGAACGCGUAGCUUAAGGUCAUUAUUUUUAAGAAGGCAGGGAAAACAAGAGGUUAUGGAACGAAUAACAAUAUACUGUUCAAGAUCGGUGUCCACAGUAAUAACCUGCUGAUUCUAAAAGAAAUGGAAAGGUAAUUUUUAGACGGCCGAAGAGCGAAGGUAUAUCCUAUGUAUAUAAUACAGGAUUACUAAACGUUAACUGAAAUAGUACACAACAGCCCAAAUAUAAGAAAAAAAAGAGAAAGUGUCUACGGUUAAUUAACAGAUGCACAAAUAGGCCCAUUGACGAAAAUGAACAAUUAUAAUUUUGCUCAAAUGCGGAAAAUUUUGAAAUAAAUUGUUUGCAGAGGCUGUAAACACUGAAAUAAAUUGUAUGCAAGUAAAAAAAUGUGUUUGCAGGGAGACAGAGACACAAAAAAAUUGUUUGCAGCAGGAGCUGCAUAUAAAAAAAAUGUUUGGAUGUGAAUAUUUUCCAAACCAAGACACUCGGGUACUGGAAGGACAUGUUUUGGUAAUUUGAAUAGUGUUUAUAUGCACUAGUGCUUACAAAAGGUGUUUAUGCUAAAUUUGUCUAUAGGAAUACAUUUGUAUAUAAAGUAAUCACCCCACUUAAGAACUCAUAAAAUCUGACGACACUGUAUUGUAUUGUAACCAGAAACUCUGAUAAGGGGUUGAAACGUGUAACUCGCAUUCAAUGCUCGUAAAUAUUCAAUUUUACCAUAUUUGGAAACCCUAGUGAAGGAUAUCCAUUUUACACAAAAUUGCUGCUGCGCGAUCACCAUGUGGUGGUUUUAAGACAAGCUGCAUUUCAAGAUUAAAAAUACACCUAUAAAAGACAAAAAAUGGAAAGAGAAAGUUAAAAAGACGGUCAAUUUUCUUUUGUGGAGCCAGUAACGAGAGCCUUGACUCUUGUGCCACGUCAACACUACUUUUUGGUUAGUAAAUUAAAAACAGCAGAUUUUUUAAACUAUCCUCAAACAAAAGGCUACAUAAAAAAAGGAAAAAUGCAUACCUUCUGGGUCUUUCAAGCACCAGAGGAUCCGGGAUCCACUCCUGAUUGGCUGUGAAGCAGCCAAAUGGAAAGAAAAGGGGGGAGAAGAAAACAUUUGCUUAAUUUGCACUAGGAGUCCUCCAAAACAGACUUGCCCGUUAAGGACAAAAUGAAGGAGUAAGCAUCGUAGCAAGGGAAAAAAGGCCUAGUGUAGGCAAUUACCAAAUUCCCUUCCUUAUACUUUUACAUGACGGUUAAAACAUAUUUGUGGAAAGCGUGAGUGGGCUUUGUCAACUCUCUCACAUUAUUUUCAAUUUUACUGCACAUUCAGUGCAUUUAAAUGAAAAAUGCUAUUAAUUCACUUUGUUUUAAAUAGUUGAUCUACAAAAAAAGUGGACCUCUGAAGACUGUGGGGGAAGUGAGUGCACCCGUCGCACCACCCCCCCCUACGGGCCUGUAUUCCGCCUUUUUUUUUUUUGCUUCUCUCACUGGGAAGGGGGUGGGACUCCAGAAACCCCCUAUCCAUAUCUUUAAAACAACUCACACUUCGGCCACUAAACUUUCAUACAAUAAUGUAGUCAGCAUGUCCAACUUCUGGGCAUGACCUGAUUGACACAGUUAAUCUGAUGUCAUUGGAAUUGACAGAAUUAUUGGCAGAAUCCAAAUUUCCCUAAAAGUACACAUUAAGCAAAAAAUACUUAAAUAGUAAGUAAAAUCAAGAAGCUGGCUAACAUAUAAUUAACCUUCAAAUAGCAGUGAUGUCAUGGUGAUGUUGUUUAUUCGUGACCGAAAAGGAACUGGAACCAACAGCCAUCUUGGAUUCGCCAUUCUGAAUUGUUUAAAUGUAUUCCAAAAUUACUUGAGACAAGUGACAAUCAAGGAAUAUUUAACACAAAACUUUAUCUGAUUAUAAAAGGAUGCUUAGCACUAAAAGCAAAAAAAGUCUGCAAAAUAUUCAAUUUCGAGAGAAGUGAACACUGCUGAAAAUUACACCAUAGUUAUUACAGGAGACUGGUUAUUAAAAGCUGCAAACAUCAAUUUUUUUAUUAUAAAAACAAGGGUGCCGCAGUUUAUGUUGGAAGCUUCCUGAAGGAGCACAAUCCUUUGUUUUCUGUUAGCAAAUUGUGAUGGAAUAAAUAAAUUAAUGCAACGUUUUUAUUGGUCAAAACGCUGGGAAUGCAACGUUGGGCAGCUUCAGGUCCACAAAAAUAUACAUCAAAGGACUCAGACCGGUUUCAUAACCACUUCACUCCAUUAACUAUGAUUGAACUCAGAAUCUGCCAUUUAGUCAUAUUACUAAAAAUUCAUGUUUUUUUCUCAAACUAGUCACUAAAGAACCGGGAUUUCAUCAACAGUGACAAUAGCUUUGGAAGAAUAAUGCUUAAUUAAAUGUAAUAUAUCCAGUAGUAAAAAUAUAAUUAAAACCUACUUUUUUAAAAGAAGAACAUGGCCACCAAAACCUGGUUGCCAUGGUUACGUCAAUGUAGACGUAUUCGUCACGACGACUUUCUAAAAUAAUUUUUAGGAGGAGUCACUUAGUUUAGUGGUCAUAGCUUGAACGGUUUUGAAGUUAUUCAUCUUCAAAAGUCCCCCCCCCCCGGUUUGAAUGGCACAUAGAAGGCUAUAGCGACCCGCUAUAUCAUGAGUAUCAACUUAGUGAUACAGUGAUACAUGUACGUGACCUGCCACACAUUUUUGUGUUUGAAUUCUACAAUCAAACUCUUUCAACGUAGGCCAGUGCGUUUUGUAGUAGAGUAACUUCAUUCAUCUUUUUUUUUGUUUUAGACAUCGACGAAUGUUCUACCAACUCUCAUAGCUGUGACGUAAAUGCGGUGUGCGGCAAUAAUCUGGGUUCUUACACAUGCGCUUGCAAACCAGGAUACUCGGGUAAUGGAAGAACAUGCUCUGGUAAGUUGAAUAGUGUAAUUUAAAAAUAAAGUGUUUAUGCUAAAUUUGUCUUUAACAGUAUAUGAAGCAAUUACCCCAGGUAAAAACUCACAAAAUUUGAUGACACUAUUGUGUGUAACCCAGUUAAACAGGCAACGAUGGGUGUUCAUAAAAAAUACAUCAAACUAAAAACUAAAAUACACCAGAUGAAUUUCUAAAAAUUUAUCUAUUCGAUAAAGUUGUAAAUAUAGUUUAUUUUAUGUGAAGACAUAAUGUUUUUUUCUUGUAACGUAUUUAAUCAUGUAUUGGUUUCUCGGAUAUAUUACCUAUUUACAAGCUACUCCAAAAUUCGAGUGUAAGCAUAAUAAAGAUUAUGUAUGUAUGCAAACUACCAGCUUUUAAUGUUUGUAUGUAGAUAUCGACGAAUGCUCUACCAGCUCUCACAGCUGUGACAUUAAUACGGUGUGUAGUAAUACUGUGGGAUCUUACGUAUGCGCAUGCAAAGCAGGAUUCACAGGAGAUGGAAACACCUGCACUGGUGAGCCGUUUAAGUCUAAUUGAAAAUGUUUGUUUGAUAUGUUUGUUUUUGAAUAAACCGGCAACAACGGCAAUACAACAUUCUUUAUUUUUUUACUUUUCUUGCCCUUCCAAUAAAGUUUUGGCUAGAUGGGAAAAAAAAAUACAGUAAAAAUGACCGCUUGGAGUAUGCGAACAGACAAGCGAUGUCAAGCAGUCAGAUUAUGUAAGCAAUAAAGUACUGGCGCCGGUUGUACAAACCCUGGUUAGCGCUAUCCAACAGAUAAAUCACUAUUCAGUAGAUAAGUAUUAGGUUAUCAAUUGCGCUAUCCACUGGAUAGAGAUUUAUCGACUGGAUAGGGUUAUCCAUCUUUUGAACAACUGGGGCCAGGUCGGCAAGAUGCGCAAAGUCGUAAGAUGUGCGUAAGUGCGAUAUUUUUUUUUUUGUCCAAUAAGUGCAACAGUAUAGAUUAUUCAAACCUGCGAUCGUUUUUCCUUUUAUCAAGCUUAAAAUAAUUAAUUCCGUUUAACUUGUUUCCCCUUUACAAAGAAAACGGUUACAAAGGUUAUGAUUACGCUUACUUGUACCGUUCCCUUUUUGUAGACAUUGACGAGUGCAGCCGCGGUACUCACAACUGCCACAGUUCACUUGCUUCAUGUACCAACACAGUGGGAUCCUUUAGUUGUUCAUGUAACAAUCCUUACAGUGGAGAUGGCAGAACGUGCUAUCUACUGGUAUCAGGUAAUCAAAUCGCCUAGUACUAGGAAGGUUCCCAUUUACUAGACCUCUAUUCGGAGAUGGCAAAACUUGCAAUAAUAUUCCAUACGGUAAUUAUUAUCACCAAGAAAUAGGAAUGUGUUCAUUCACUAGACCCUUAUUUACUCUCGUUAGAAGCAUGUUACUUUAACCUUGAUUGUUUAAAGAGGGUUUCAGUGGAAUGCAAAUAUUACCCAGAUCUCUUGUCGACGAAGCCGAAAGCGAGAUCUGGUCAAUAAAUGAAAUUCAAUUCUCUUUUUAUUAGCCACUCAAACUACCUAAAAAGUACUUUUGUAUUGCGGGAAUGACAUGAGUGUUGUCAUCAGCACGCGCUAUGGUGUCUGCAAUUCAUUCUUCACAAAAUCUUUAAUUUUUCUGGUCUUUUCCCCUUUAGACUGCAGAACAGUCGGUUUUUUUCUCAAAAUCAGUAAAGAAAUCGGUAAAGCGUGGCGUAAGAGUCUUACGCGCGCGAAGCGCGCAAGCCUCACACGCCCUACCGGCGUGUGAGGCGCGAGAAAAAAAACCGACUGUCCGUUUUCCAUUAGCCUCCCGCGCAGGCGUUUUUAGGGGAGCUCGUAUUUCUUCCCUCGAAAUACGAGCUCCCCUAAAAACGCCUGCGUUGGAGGCUAGUUUUCCACACAAUGAAUUCGUUCCGACCAGGGGGUUCAAAAACGUCGUCGAGCUGUCAAAAAUCUGUUCGCAACUCCGCCCCCUUUGUGAAUUUGAUACACUCAUUAACUGAUUUCGAGGGAGAAUAGCGCGUGUUAUUGUCUGCUCUUGACGCUGUAAUCCAGUAAUUCUAAAGCAGUUUUCAGCGUUGGUUCUCUGUGAAAUGUAGUGUAUAGUGAAAUGUAGUAUAUAUAGUGGAGGAUCAAAAAUGAGUGGAAGUGGUAGUACGACAACAAAAGCCUGUGCCUGCUCCUCGAAGAGGGAGAAAGCCGAAAGAGCCGAGCGCUUCGGAUAAAUUGUAGAAUGUGCGGCUGUUGUUUCAAAACACAGUUUGUAUUUUUAGCGUCUCUCCCCAGUCUCGCUCUCUGUUUUCAGCCUUGUUCGAGACCUUUUGUUUGACUGCUCGCGCGUACUUGAAUACGCAAAAAUACGGACUGUUUUGCAGUCUAUUUCCCCUUUUGCUUGCUAGCCUGCGACCAAGCUCUCCUAUUUUGGCGAGCAAAGCGUGCCUCGCGAGAACGCGCGAGCGAGGGGCCGAGGAAAGGAGAGCUUGCAACGAUCGCUCAUAAAUUUUCAUUUCCAGCCCGGAAACUCCGGGACUCCGUAAAGCGUCAAACUGUCACCGCAAACGUGCCGCAGAUUAGAGAAGUGCGGACCGCCUGUCAAGGCGUAACAGCAUCAAAACAAUGUUUUUGAUCACCGAAGAUAUACUUUUUUUUUCCAUGGGGACAUCGAACUUCGACGUGUCCGCUCGGAUGAAAACUCAAUACUUAGUAUAGAAGACUACUAAGUAGUAUGCAGUAUAGAAGACUACUCCCCGUCGCAAUCACCAACAAAAACAUUAUAUAUUAGACUUACAUUUGUCCGUUCCGGAACUGGAGAAUAGCGUUUUCCUGGGCUUGGUUCUCUUAAGUUGUACUCCAGUUGCUACCAACUCUUUCUCUUGCCCUUCUUUACAGUCAAGCUACACAACUAGACUGUCAAGUACAUGUUUCUGACUUUUUCUACCGAAGUGGAAUUCAAUCGGGCGAAGAAACCGACGUUGGAAGGCAGCGCUUGAACCGGGCGCUUGAAUCGCUCUUCACUUUCACUCUUCUCGUUUUCAGAACUAAACAACGCGCUUAACACAAACGAAUACAACUAAGGAAGGGUUUUCAUUUUCCUUCCACAAGAACUAUAAAGUCGGUCCGACUUAUCCUCGGCUCGCAAUAUUCUUUUUGGGAGAACUAAAUCAAACGAGCCCCCUCGUCUGCUUUGAGGGCUGAAACAAGUUGUCGGUACCAAUCUGCUGCUCCCCUUGAGAACUGGUCUCCCUCGCAGCCGUUUUUUGAGCGUUGCGUGGCAUCCAAAAAACGGCUGCGAGGAAGACCAUAGUUUAUUCAAUAUUUUACAGUUUCUGAUUGUCUGUCCCGCCGCUAAAUCCUCACAUCCGGCACACGGUUACCAUAUUUGGACGCCGAUGUAGGCAGUACAAAAAACUUAUUCACAAAAAUGUCGACGUUUUUUAACUGAGAAAUCACCAGACUAAUCGAAUUACACGACUGUUUAUUCAUCGAGCCAAGAAUAAGUUGGUGAAGUGAGACGCAAAUAAUUCUUACAUGUACCAGUCACUGACCGGUUUGCAAUUCCGCAAAAUUUAAGUUAUAUCAAUUGCCAUUAUCUUCCGUCGCAUUGCGAUUAGAUGUAGUGACACUCUCUUCGAACGUUUUUCCCUCUUGUACGAUUCAGAAUAACUGUGGAAAUUUCUUUAAUUUGGAUAGCCUUUUUGCGAAGGAAGGUAGACACUUAGGGCCUGUUUACAUGGAGGUGGGGGUCCCCAGGUAGGUGAGGUGACCCGCUUAGGUAGAGUAACCCGCCUGUCUUUACAAUUUCUCAUAUGGUCACCCCCUGCCUAUCAUGUAAACUUCAUCAAAUUAAAAUUUGAGAUUAUAUGAACAGGCGGUUCAUAUAACAGGCGGUACUUGAGGUUGUACAAUAUAUUUGCACUUUUUGAAUUAUAUCUGACCAACCUUUGUCAUUUUGGCUUCUUUUGUGUUCCCUUUUUAUUAUUAUUCUUUUUUUUUAGUCAAAAAGAGAAAACCGUUAUUUAGCAAUCCUAUUGAAGUGAAAUAUUUAGUAACAGUAAUAGUUUAUCAGCCUACCCCAUAAAAUGGCUUUUCAGCCAACUUUUAGUCUUUAAAAUAGCAAUUUGAUAAUUAAAAGCAUAAUUAUCUACCGUAGUUGAAAUUUAUCGGGAAAAAAAUGAAAUAAGGAAAUGACGCUUCUUCACUUCAGCCUUAAGCUGGUCGAGAUUCUCUUUAUUACCUGAAGAUUCUGCAAAGUCAUUCCAGAGGCGGGCUGCUCAUGGCAGCUGACCGGCAGUGAAUCUAAAGGAAGGCAUGUCUAACUUGUUUCUGCUUCCGAUAUUACGAGAGUGCACAUCAACCAUUUUCUUAAACCUGUUACAGAUAAGGGGCUGGGCAAGUCCCUUAAUAUGUGUUACAUAAACUCGAAUUUUUUGUAAGAGGGUACUAAUGGGGGUACCCAAUUCUCAGUUAACUACUAAUUUUUCAGCCAAAUAUCAGUUAACUACUAUUUUUUGGGCCAAUUCUCAGUUAACUACUAAAUUUCGGUUAGCUAAUAUAUAGAUUUAGCCAGGGCUAAAAGCGAAGCCCUGGUUAAUGAUACGUGUGAACACAAAAAAUAAAUCGUGUAAUGCUAAACGCGGACGACAAUGAAUAAGGCUUCAAGACUAAUAGAUGUAAUUAGCAAAAAAAAAAAACAAAUUGCACGUGCAGCACACUUUUUCUUCUAAUUAGCAAAAAAAAAUUUGCACGUGCAGCACGCUUUUUUGUCUUUCCCUUGUUAUUGUUUUGCACGACUACAACGCUGUUUUGUACGGUUAAAACGUCAAACUUCCUAGUUACACAUUAUUUUCAUGGAGGAAUUGUCGUAUGUGCUUACCCAAUAUUUUGUCUCCUGUGUUCAUGUUCGCUUUUAUUUUUCAUUGCCGCUCAUUUUCACCUUGCUGGUCGCUAGCAUUUCUCAUUUUCUCACCGCCGCUUUGAAUUUCCAUGUUUUUCUUCCUAAGAAAUUCGUCUCCUUUACUUUCAAUAACUCGCUCUAGCUCUUUCUCUGUUGUCCACGUUAUGUAAACAUAAAAAAUAACGCCGAAAAAGACACGACUAUGCUGUUGUUUGUUCUUCUAAAUAAAACCUUGAGUCGCAUUUGGGUUGCCAUACCUGUUGAUUGAGUUAUUUUACAUUGGUAUGCCUGUGGUGCGGACGGACGGUCGCUCGCUCGCUCGGUGUACGGUCACGUGAUUACCAAAUUUUCUUGGAUGGGUAGUUUACCACAUUUUCUUACCUAUGGUGCUCCGCUGCGCGCUUCGCGCGCGAGAGCUCCGCUAUUAACUUUCACUUUCCUACAGCGAAUAUUAUUCCGUCAUAACCCGAAUUUUCUAAAAUCAAGAUAUAUAUUUACCUAAACUCCGCCACUAGUACAAUUUAUAAGUAACUGAAAAUGUAGAAAAGAGCAUACAAUUAUCUAACCGAAGUAGUAAAAAUGGGUAAGCGCUAUGACGCGACGAACACUCGCAAAAAAUUGUGUUACUUCCGAUUGCCUCCAAAUUUGGCCCACAGGAAGUCAAUAGAUUUAGCCAAUUAUGUGCCAACUUCCAGGCCCUGGGGAGUUUUGAGCUUCAGGCAACGAUUUUUUCAAAUCUAGUGAAAAUGGCGCUUCCGUCGGGAAGAAUUUUGUCGCGGCUUUUGCGAAGAAUGAAAGCUUUUAUCGACGAAUUUCGACCAAAUACAAGUCAAGCAAAUUAUUUUGGAGGAUUCUGGAGGAUAACAAGCGAAAUAAACGCGAAAAUAGAGGUAAUAAAACAGUAAGAAUCUUUGCUUCAAACUCGCCGAGUAGGCCAUAGUCUGGCACACAUUCUGUUGAAACGCAGUGAUAACUGUGGAAAUUUCUUUAACUUGGAUACUCGUUUUGCGAAGGCAGGUAGACGCUUAGGGCCUGUUUACAUGGAGGUGGGGGUCCCCAUGUUAGUGAGGUGACUCGCUUAGGUAGGGUAACCCGCCUGUCCAUAGAAUCUCUCAUAUGGUCACCCCCACCUAUCAUGUAAACUUGAUCAAAUUAGAAUGAGAGAUUAUAUGGACAGGGGGGGUUACGCACCUACACGUGAACAGGUCUUUAAAUUGUGUACUUGAGGAUGUACAAUGUAUUUGCAUAAAUUAUAUCUGACCGACCUUUGUUAUUUUGGCUGCUUUUGUGUUCCCAUUCUAUUAUUUUUUUUUUAGUUAAAAAGAGAAAACCGUUAUUUAGCAAUCCUAUUGAAAUGAAAUAUUAAGUAAUACUAAUAUUUUAUCAGCCGACCCCAUAAAAUGGCUUUUCAGCCAACUUUAUUUCUCCAAACUUGGUGUAGCUUUAGUUUUUAAGCUACAGUGUACAACUCAAAUCUGAAGAUCGCACUAUCCGUGGAAAUUCAAAAUCCUGCAAACCACACUAUACUAUAGAGCUGGGCCCAGAGUCAUACUGACAUGGCAGGAAAUGAUCACAUUCACGGACAAACAAACUUGCAUGCAUGCAUGCAUUUAUUCAGAUACAGUCAUUUCGGAGAAAACCAAAAAAACUAAAAUCUUUAUUCAGCCGUAAUAAACAGAGGUCAAAGGAUAUAAAACACUUAACAACUGCAUCUGAAAUCAAAUCCUGUCAGGGACACCUAGUACAGAAGCAUAAACCACAGGAAAUGAUUACUUAAGUAUGCAUGUAACAAACCUGCUUCAUGACCUCUAAAUAUUAGACUUAGAGAGCGGCAAAAACAAGAUUUACUCAGUCAAAGUUUAGAAUCCUACACGUCUUGCACUGUGUAGUGCUAGUAACCUUCGCGCGAGAGAAAAAAGGAAGAGAACCACUGUUCAAGCAGACUCUCAAGGUCACGUUUCACAUUAUCACGAGCUUAUGAGUCGUGUUUGGCCUGUCAACGCUUAUUUCUUACAAACCUGCUUCAUGACCUCUAAAUAUAAGAUUUAGUGCGGCAAAAACAAGAUUUACUCAGUCGAGCUUUACUAAAGAUUCAUAAUUUCUCGUUCUAAAUCUAUAUAGUGAAAUCGAUUUAAGACCUUGUUAAAUGAAGCUUAAAUCCAACAGAGGGCGUGGUCCUUCACUUGAUAUUUGGAUCUCUCUUUCUUCAAGUCUAGUCACUCCUGGUAGAUGAUAGAUGACAAUUGCUUUUGGGAAAUGUACAUAAUAACCUAAAUAUACUUGAGUACAUCCGUCCUCUCUCUGUAUUCUAUAAAAAUGAAAUACCGUAAAUCCUCUUCUAGCCACCCCCUUUUCCCCCAAUUAUUUUUCACUAAUAAAUGUUAAUUUAUUGGGAUCAAUCAACCACAAAUGUAAAACUUGGAAGUUCGGUUUCAUUCGGAUUGUCGGCUACAUGACCUCCAACUUUCUUUUACUUGAGUUUUUCUACUUUGCGGUCUAGUCCCUUUGGAGAAUAGAUACCAUCUUGUUAUCUAAAUUAAAUACCCCCCCCCCACUUCCGUCUCUAUUAAGCCCCUCCUCAAGUGAGCUUGAAAGAAAUAAGCUCCUGGUGAGGGCUUAAUAGAGGAUUUACGGUAUUAACCUAACUGUUUGGCGUUUUGAAAAGGUUUUGCUUGGUUUUGACCGCUAAGGAUUGGAACUUCGCCUGGGCGCAAACUGGGUGGAUAUACUUUUCUUAUUUUGGCCAUCUGGCUUCCAGGAAUGAGCGGAAGAUCAAAGUUUUGCGUUCUAGUGUUGCCUAAAAUAUGCAAGUGAAGAACAAAAUAAGAAGAAAUGUACAUUUCAGGCACAUUGCUGGCUGGGCGCAAUUAUUAGACAACGGCAGUGCAAUCUCGUUCUUUGAACUUCUUUGUGAUAAUUAAUUCAAACCAGUUUCUCGCAAAAAAAGGCGGAUAUUACUAGGGGUGAAAUCAUAGUGAACGAGAUAGGAAAAGACAGUCCUUCCUAUUGGUGUAAUGUCAAGAAUCAAACUGUGAAUUUAUUUGAGUUUUCGGUUAUUAUUGUAAUUAAGUAUCAAUACAUUUAGCAGAUUUCAAUAGUUAUAAGACAUUCAGCCUUCGGUUUUCAUCUGUAUUGUGCACUGAGUGUAAAAGUGCUAUUUUAUAAGUCUUCUAUACCUUUUAGACUUUUUAAAUAGUGAUAAGUUUAGUUUUCAUCCAUAUGUAUUUUUCGGAGUGGUGAACUGAGUAUUCCGACCAUUUAUACGUAAACAAAAGUACCCAGUUUUUCAGCAACUUAGACUUGAUAACAACCUUAUUCACUGGGUCGUCGAAAUGUUCUACUUUUAAUGAUAAUCUUUCUUCUACAAUAAUUUAAAAUAUAUCUUAAAUCAAAAAAUAUCUUUCAGAAUGUCAAAACUACCAAACCUUGACAGACGCUGAUAGGAAAACUUCGUACAGGACAGUUUCUUCUCCAAUACGUGACGUAAUCGGCCCCGGGUGGUUUCGGUUUCAAGGCGCAGCGGGAACAAGGAUGGCUACAUCGUGUCCACCUUUGUACAGAUGUAAUACUAAUGCACCCGGUUGGUUAAAUGGUGGUCAUCCAUCAGUAGCUGAUGGUCAAGUAACAAGACAGGUCUGUUUUAACUGGAGUGGUUUGUGUUGCCAUGGUACCGUCAAUGUCCAAGUGAGAAACUGUGGAUCGUACUAUGUAUACUACCUGAGAGAAUAUGGGGGUACUACUCGCUACUGUGGCAGUGACUAA